AUGAUUAAUAGAUUCUCUAGGCUAUAUUUUUGUUCCUUAAUUAAAAUAGAGCCAGUCAACAUUCACUAUCAAGAUGGACUAUUUGAUACAAACUAUGGAUUACUAAAAAUGACAAGGAAUCCAUACCUAAAACAAAAACAAUUAGAAAGUAUCACCAAUGCAUAUUUCUUGGUGGAUGGAGUUGGAUCCAACUUCAUUAAGAGUCUUUUUAAAAAGGAUAUGAAUUCGUUGAUUAUAUUUGAUUGCGAAAAGAUGCAUUUAAGGAAUGCAAUCGAGAUUUACUAGGCAACCAAAAAGUAAAUCGAUUUGUAAUUUUUUGGAACACCCAAAAGACCUCGCAAUCCAUUCUCAAAAUGCAAAGGCCCCAAAGACAUAUUUAAUCUCUAUAGACAUAUUCAGAAUCAAUAAAAACUUAUGCUUUCAAGGAUGUGUCUCGUUGUCAGCUACAAUGGAGAAGUCAGAAUACAAGGCACAUUGCCAGAAUGUGGAGAUUUGAAAUAUCACUUGGAAGAACAACCUAAUAAUAUCAGUCAAAUAGGAUAUCGCAAAUACAAUUACUUAUUGCCUUUUAGUGCUUAUCAGGGGAUCGUAACUGCUUAUAAUUACGAAAAAGAAGGAGUGGCAAUAGAAUUUUUGAACUAUAAAAAGAUCUAUGCAUUAUAUGGUGUUUUCCCUCCCACUCAAAGACAAUAUUAGGUCUUAUUCCAUUCAUAUAUGCAGAAAUUAGUUAAAAUACAUGAUGUGUAAUAUUGAUAACCAUUUUCUUAUAGGACUCAUUCUUCCCUCUACAAUGUGAUUGAUUUGGGUUGUGGAACUGGAGUGCUUGGAUUCAUAGCAAAUGACGUCCUAUUGAGAAGCUUAAAGGAUAAAGAAAUCAAUAUCUAUUCAUUAGACAACGUUGAGAAUGCGGUUAAAUCUGCAAAAAUCAAUUCAUAAUGUUUGGAAUAUAAGAAUUACACUGCAGAACAAGGAGACAUCACAGACAUAGAGACCUUAUAGUAUUAGUUGACUGUUUUCAAGUAACAUAUUAUUAUAAUUUCUAGAUACCCAGCCAAAUUCAAUUUGAUUAUUGCUAAUCCACCAUGGAUCUAAGCAUCUAAAUUGCGUGUUGAUGAUUUGAUUGAAAAUACAGUCACAGAUCCAGAAGGAAUAAUGUUAAAAUCGAUCUUUGAGUUUGCUAACAGAUACCUGUAGAUUGAGUCAUUGGAUUCCACUAAAGGAAGAUUGAUUUUAAUUUAUAGUGAUCUAUCUUAAUUAUUGGAAUUGUAAGAAAAAGAAAAGGUACAAGAUCUAUGUAGAGAAUAUAAAAUGGCCAUUACAUAUUACUCAGAAUUACCAUUCCAUAUUAAAGAUCCUUAAAAUGUUGAUCCUCUCUUACAAUACAAACAAAACAGUAAAGUUUAGCUAUUUGAGAUUCGCAAGAUAUGA